ACAGAUCGGGGAGUGACAGUCAACUCUCUCGCGUCGCUCAAACCGCCCGCUUCGCAUCGCGUCGCUGCUUGUCGCCCAGUGUCGCUCGCUCUCAUUGAAAAUGAAUGACUUCCGGCUGCUUUGUCGCUCGCAUCGCGUUCGGUGUGGACGAACGGUAAUGUGAACGUAGCCUGAAAAAUCUCAGUCUAAAAAAAGCCACCCCUUCCUCUUCUCUUUCCCUUUAAUUUCCCUUAACUUUCCUCUUCCCAGGGCCAAGGUCUGAUAUGGGAUUGGGCCAAACUCUCUGUGCAUGUCUGAAAGGGUUAAAUGUCAUUGCUCUGCGCAAAGCGUGCGCAGUGUUGAUGGUGGUACUCGUACAGAUACUGCGCUCCCAUUGGUCAUUGAGGAGGUUGUCGUUAGGAGGCGGAGCUGAGGAGUGAGGGUGGUUACUGUAGUGGUGAAAAUGGCAGCGCUGUGUGUUUUAAUAUUGAGUGCUUUAAUAUUGUCGUGUAAUUGUGAUAGUGUGGAAAAACCGAACGAUGUCACGGGACCCGUCAGCAGUUCUGAACCCGGGCAGAGCGAGUCUGCAGCGGUGAGCUCCGGCGGCCCCGUGGCCGCUCCGGUCAGUGAGGCAGAUGAGCCGGCUGAAGCGGCGGCUGGAGGAGCGGUCAGCCCGCCGGACCAGUGCGACGAGGAGCUGGUGCUCAGACCUCUGCGCUCCGGGGAUAUAUACGCCAGCUUCCAGUUCAGAACACAGUGGGAUACAGACUUCCUGCACCACGGGAAAAAAGUGUCCCAUUACCGACUCUUUCCAAAGUCUCUAGGCCAAGUGCUGUCCAAGUUUUCUGUGCGGGAGCUGCAUAUCUCCUUCACCCAGGGCUACUGGAGGACAAUGCAGUGGGGGCAGCCCUUCAUCCCCUCUCCUCCUGGGGCUGAGCUCUGGGUGUGGUUCCACAACACUGUGGAAGAUGUGGAUGGAAACUGGAAGGAGCUUGUCAACGUUCUGUCAGGCAUCUUCUGCGCAUCUCUAAAUUUCAUCGAUUCAACAAACACAGUGCAGCCAAGUGCUUCCUUUAAACCCCUGGGACUUGGAAAUGUUACUGAUCAUCGUUUCCUGCGUUAUGCCACAUUGCCGCGCGAAAUCGUCUGUACUGAGAAUUUGACUCCUUGGAAGAAGCUCCUCCCCUGUGGCUCCAAGGCUGGUCUAGCAGUGCUGCUGAAGUCUGAGAAGCUCUUCCAUAGCAGUUUUCACUCUCAGGCUGUGCAUAUCAGACCUGUUUGUAAGGAUUGGCAGUGUACAAGCACAGCAUGGGAACUAAGACAGACUCUCAAUGUAGUGUUUGACAUCUACACCUCUGGCCAGGGCAAAAAAGAGUGGUCCCUUUUCAAGAUGUUCUCUCGCACUUUAACGGAGGCUUGCCCUUUAGCAUCUUCAAGCAAGGUUUACGUAGACGUCACAGACAACCCGGAGGGGGAGCUAUUUGACUUGAGCCCAGUCACCCCUCUCCUCAGCACAGCUGUGGUUCUUGGUGAUCGCAGGACUUACUCUGUAUAUGAUCUGACCAAAAAAGAGACUUUUGGCCAGCUGCGCUCACUCAAUCUUGUCCUGCGCUGGAAAGGGGAAAGUGGUGACAUGUUGCGACCUCUGCUCCAUGCAGAGCGCUAUGUGGCAGGCUUUGGACUUCAGACAGGGGAAAUCCAUACCCUGAUCUACAAUAACCAUCCAUACCGAGCAUUCCCCGUACUCCUGCUGGACUCAGUGCCCUGGUACUUGCGGUUGUACAUCCACACACUGACUGUCACAAGCAAGACACGUGAGAACAAGCCAAGCUACAUUCACUAUCAGCCUUCAAAAGACCGCCUGCGUCCUCAUCUCCUGGAGAUGCUUGUGCAGUUGCCUCCUCAUUCUGUCACUGAGGUGACGGUGCAGUUCGAGCGAGCAUUGCUCAAAUGGACAGAAUACACACCAGAUCCAAACCACGGCUUCUACGUCGGAUCAUCUGUGAUUAGUGCUCUUGUGCCGAGUGUCGUUGCCAUGGACACCAACAGCACUCAGGAGCGGCCACUGUUCAGCAGCUUCUUUCCCACCAAAGAAGAGUCAAGCUACUUUGUACGGGUGUACACAGAGCCUUUGCUUGUUAAUCUACCGACUCCUGACUUCAGUAUGCCCUAUAACGUGAUCUGCCUUACCUGCACUGUGGUGGCAGUGGGCUACGGCUCCUUCUACAAUCUGCUCACCCGCACCUUUCAGGUGGAGGAGCCUAGCCAGUCACUGGCAAAACGUCUGGCCAACGUCAUCCGUCGCAUAAGGGGAGUACCACUGUUGUGAAGAAUCAGCUGUAGGACUUAAAUCCAGGAGUCUCACCUCCUUAUGAAGCAGCCAGAUGAAUCUCAGCAAUGGAAGAGAUAUCUGAAAGGACUAUUUGGCAAAACAUAAAGCCGAGGCUGUUGUUUUCAGAGCUCAUGAAGAAUGUCGGUACUAAAGGCCACGUGAAUUAUUUACCAAGCUAAGUGGGAGCAUCGUGGUGUUAUGGAGCUUGGGGUUUGACUUUUUGUUUACACUGGAACAAAUGGGCUAUUUCUUUGAAUUUUUUUUUUUUUUUUUGCACAUAAAUGUAAACGUCCUGAAAAAACUGGGAAAGGUAUGUUUAAGGUUUCUUACUCCAGUCAUCUGGACAAGGCACUCGCAGCAAAGUGAAAUAUGAAACCCUCUUGAUUAAUGUCAUAUGGGCAUAACCAAGCCAUUAGUCACUCUGCAAAACAUCAGCACAAAUCCAGUGUAGAUGGAGAAGAAAGGCCAGAAAUUAAGCAGAUACUUUCCAUUAUGGUUAAUGCACUGAAACUCUUGAUGUGAAAUUGCUUGCUUUUGUAUUUUUUUUUCUUUUUAAUAAGGUGCUUUAAUCUAAUUAUUUGUUCAUUUUAAAAUAUUCAAAAAACCUACUUAAUGUAGCCAUUUUGAUAAUGUGCCAUUUCCUUAGCACAGAGGAUACAUUAAAAUGUUUAAUUUUA